CAUGCAUUUCAAACUCUGUCUAUCCUCUUUGAAACCACAAAUUGUCUCAACAAAUCCACAAAUUCUCAAACAUGAAUCUCUUUCCAAGUGGAACAUUGAUAGUGUUGAAAUAGAAAGGCGCAAGGCACUCAUAGAUAUGAGCAACACUAAUUAUCCUUCCGAGAAACUUGAGGUGGUUAGGUAUGGACUUAAGAAUGUUAAUGAAAAUUCAUUGAAAGGUUUGUACAUGGUUGAUGCCAUGCAACGACUAAAUAUUGAUUACCACUUUCAAGAAGAAAUUGAAGCAUUCAUAACAAGAAAAUAUAUGAGUCCUCAUUGUGAUCUUCAUGAAUCCGCACUUCGCUUCAGACUAUUAAGACAACAAGGUCACUUUAUCUCUUCAGAGGUGUUUAACAAGUUCAAAAAUAAGAAGGAAAAGUUCAAUCCAAAAUUAGGUGAAAAUAUCAAAGGAAUGAUAGAUUUGUUUGAAGCCUCUCAUCUAAGCAUGGAAGGGGAAGAUAUACUUGAUGAAGCUGAAGAAUUUAGUAGGAGGAUCCUAAAUGGAAAAUUGGCACAGCUGGAUAAUCUUGAAGCUAUGUUUGUAAAGAGAACAUUAGAAUAUCCUUUUCACAAAAGCUUGCCUUUGUUCAAUGCUAGAAAAUUCCAUGGUCACUUAUAUGGCACAAAUGCAUGGUUUGGUUCUUUGCAAGAAUUGGCAAAAAUAGAUUUCACUCUGCGGCAACAAUUAUACCAUCAAGAGAUUGCUCAAAUUUCCAAAUGGUGGAAAGAACUUGGUUUAGCCAAUGAGUUGCCUCUCAUUAGAAAUCAACCUCUUAAAUGGUACAUUUGGUCAUUGGCAUGCCUCAUAGAUCCUACCUUAUCCAAAGAAAGAAUCGAGCUCACAAAACCAAUAUCUUUAAUCUAUAUAAUUGAUGAUAUUUUUGAUAUUUAUGGAACUCUGGAUGAUUUAACUCUUUUUACCGAAGCAGUUUCGAGUUGGAAUAUUGACACAGCUAUGGAGAAACUACCAAAUUAUAUGAAAACAUGUUUCAAGGUUCUUUAUGAUCAAACAAAUGAAAUAAGCUUCAACAUCUAUCAAAAGCAUGCAUGGAACCCCAGAGAUUCGCUUCGAAACGCAUGGGAGAGUUUGUGCAAAGCAUUUCUAGUCGAAGCAAAGUGGUUUGCUUCAGGGAAGUUGCCAAAUGCUGAAGAGUAUUUAAAGAAUGGGAUAGUAAGUUGUGGAGUGCAUGUAGUGUUGGUUCACCUUUUCUUUCUUUUAGGGAAAGGAAUAACCAAACAAAAUAUUGAAAAAUUAGACACAAUCCCACCCAUUAUUUCAUCUCCUGCUACAAUUCUCCGACUUUGGGAUGACUUGGGAGAUGCAGAGGACGAGAAUCAACAAGGAAAAGAUGGAUCAUAUGUGAGUUGUCUAAUGAUGGACCAGCCAGAGUAUUAUUGUAAGAGAAAAGCAAGAAACGAGGUUAUUAGUAAAAUAUGCAAUGCAUGGAAAAGCAUCAAUAAAGAGUGUCUAUUUGAUAGCCAUUUCAAUAAAGAAUUUAAAAAUGCUUCACUAAAUCUUGCAAGGAUGGUACCAUUGAUGUAUAGUUAUGAUGAUAAACACUCCCUUCCAUUGUUAGAGGAUCAAAUACAUUCCUUACUUUAUGAUCAAGUUUAAUAAGAUAUAUUGUACUCUUGGAAUUAAACUCAAAACUUUGAGUAAUUCUUUAUCGCUACAUAAUGAUAAUGAAAGAAGGAAUAACGAAAGUUUGAAAAGAAAGGUGAAUUAAGGUUUGAGCAAAAUAAGAGGAGUAUUAGAAGUGUGCAUUCUAUAUAUUCCAUUAUACUUGUACUAUUCUGUUCUAUAUAGGUUAUGCAGUUAAAAUAGUUGGUUAGGUGGUUAAAAGUUUGUUACAUUAAAGUUACUUGCUAUGCCUAGUAUAUAAUACUAGUAACUAUUGUAUUGUAAGUUGUGAAGUUUACACACAAAAAGAUAUUCAAUCAUAAUGUAGAGCAUUUUACAAUUCUAGUAUGGUAUCAAUCGCCUCCGAUCCUUUCUCUUCUGCUACUCUUCUUUUUUUCCAUCAUCAUCUUGCUUGAGUUCUGAGCUUCAGAGAAGCUCCGAUCUUAUCCUCUUGCACCUUCAUCUUCACCAUCAAUUGCGGCUUCAACUGAACCAAAUACACCACUUGGAUCGUUUUCAAACUCCACAAAUCAUAGCGUCUUUGGACCGAAACUAUCCAUCAAGCUUCAGGAGAACAACUUUCUCCUAUGGAUAGAAUGUAUCA